ACUAAAUAUAACGCACCACCCGUCUCCUUUCGAUACCAAUAUCGCUCACACUCCACAACUAUCUAAAUCAUCACAAACCGUUAAUUUGAGAGUUUUAAAAAAUUACUCAAUUUUGGAGUUAUCGCAAUAACAACAUUUUAAAUACACUGUUGCAGCACAGCAGUUGUUAUUAUAUCACUUGUGACGAUGUGAGGUGCAUAUUUCAUGUGGCUUCUGAUUAGUUAAAUCAAUGUCAUGCAAAUUAAUUGCAUCAAGAGCUGCCCAGAUCAAGUCAAGUACAGAAACGUCAAGCGUCCAGAAGCUACACAGACUACAACAAAUUUAACUGUCCUUCUGUGAUUUAUUCCACAUCUACGUCAUCACAGUUUUAUAUUAAAUUUUAGCAUACCACACGUCAAUAAAUGAAUAAAAGCCUAUUAAAAUGGUCGCACACACUCAUUACUCUUUCGGCACUAAACAUAUAUUUAGUGAUCUUCUUCUCAAAAUUGUCAGUUAAUUGACGUGAUGCUCAAUGGAAAUUGAGCAGUAGGAGAAAAAAACGAACUACUGAAAUUCAUCCCAAUCUGCAUUCCAACAUCAGCUUUUAUGUACAAUAAGACUUUGUCAUUACACUCUUCACACAUAAAUAAUACGUACAGUAAAUAGUGUGCAAUGUGCCAAAGGGAAGAAGGUUAAAAUUUUGAGACAACACAAAAAGUGUCUACAGCGUCAAUAUUUUGUGUGUAUGUGAAGCUGGAUAAUACGAUGUUCAUAUCGAAAGAUCUCCUAGUCCUGGGGGACUACUUGAGACUUCCCCAUAUAUGAGAGAUCUUGUAUUAAGUAUUUCUCUUCCAUGAGACUUCCCAAAUCUGAACACACACCGACCCCAAGUGACAAGGGACGAGAAAAUGAAAACUCUUGCGAACUUUCAUUUUUCAACAUCAGAACCAGCCCAGUUUCCGGAAACAACUUUGUUUUACAAGAUAUUUCUGGAGAAGUCAAACCAGGAGAGAUUCUUGCUGUUAUGGGGUCGACGGGAUGCGGAAAAACGAGCCUUCUCAGCGCCCUAUCCGGAAGACUGCGUCUUCAAUCUGGAAGUAUUAGAUUAAAUGGGGAGCAACUGUGCAAGCGCCUCCGACGUUCCAAAAUCGGUUACGUUCUACAACAUGACGUGUUUUUUGCAGAUCUCACUCUCAAACAAACUUUAGUGUACACAGCGUUAUUAAGACUUCCAGACAAGAAGUAUACUGUGAAGGAAAAAUUGGAAAAGGUGGAUAAAAUUAUCGCCACCCUGGAACUAGGAGCCUGCCAGAACAAUGUAAUUGGGGACGGUUAUCGAAAACGAGGUCUCAGCGGAGGUGAGAAGAAACGUUUGAGUAUUGCCACAGAAAUUAUGGACGACCCAUCCGUAUUGCUCAUCGACGAACCCACAUCAGGACUGGAUUCGUACACGGCUGCAUGUUUAAUGCAAAAUCUCAAGGAGUACGCCCUCAAGGAGUCCACAGCCGUCGUCGUAGCCGUUCAUCAACCUUCCUCAAAAAUAUUCCAUUUGUUUGAUCGGCUCCUCCUGCUCUCCGAUGGACAGACAGCCUAUUUUGGCCCUGCAUCAUGUGUGGUAUCUCACUUUGAAGCGUUAGGUCUCAACAUUGCUCCAAAUUACAAUCCAGCCGAUUUCAUCCUUGAACAAUUGAAGCUGGAGAAGACGACUUUACUAGCUGGAUGGAAGAGCCAAACAGAUUCAUUCCAAGUGCAAAUUUCCUCUGCCAAGAGUGACAUUAGUGAUGAUUUUAAUGGGAACCACAUGUCACGGGGUUCUUCUAGUGAGUCAGUUGCUGCGACCUGGCCUACCACUGUAUUUACACAAAUUAGAGUUCUAGCUGCUCGAAAUUUUCGUGAAGCUCGACCCAGAAUGCUCUCAAAACUGAAUUGGCUACAAACGCUGGCUCUGGCCGUGAUGGCUGGUUUGGUUUGGUUCAAGACCGAGAGAUCAGAAGUUGCACUACCAGAUUUGGAAGGGUUCAUGUUUUUUUCUUCGACGUACUGGAUGCUUUUUGCCUUAUUUGGAGCACUUGGAUCCUUUCCGGCGGAGCGAGCUGUAGUUGAGAAGGAACGACUGUCUGGGGCUUACCGGCUGUCCGCCUAUUAUCUUGCAAAAAUGAUAGGCGAGGCGCCCCUGGUCAUGGUCCUGCCCUCAGUUUACCUCGGGGUUGCAUACCCUCUCCUUGGCGGCACCACCUCCUCCUUCCUCGGCAUCCUCUUUGUCCAAAUCCUCUCGUCCUUAGCUGCACAGAGCGCUGGAUUAUUCUUUGGCGCAGCUUUGGAUCUUAGUGCGUCAGUGACUGCAGCUGCCAUCUUCACUCUUGGGGCUCAACUGUUGGGUGGUUAUCUCGCCAACAACGUGCCUUCAUAUUUGAGAACUUUAAGCCUUGUCUACCAUGCAUUCAGAAACAUGCAGCUGUUAGAAUAUAGUAUUGGUAUGCAAAUUAUGUGUUCAGAAAAUUCACAGUUUGCCAGUUGUAGCAACUCAACGGCCGCCAACCCAAUACCUAUCGAUGUGUAUGAACUCCUGAACAGGGGCAACGAUGGGGGCUUUUAUAUCCCAUACUGGAGCCACACAAUCUUCCUUUUGGGAUUUUUUGUAUUUUUCAGAAUUCUUGGAUAUGUUGCCCUUCGGAAAUCGUUAUAAAAAGUGAUCUUUAGGAAAUCAUGGGUAGACAUAAUAAAUAUAUACGUUCAGCGAUCUACAUAUUCAGAUACAUAUAUAUCAAUGAUGUCGAUGAAAAGAUUAAUGUGAAAAAAUGUAACUAUUUAUUCCACUGUUUCGCCAGUGAUUGUUCUUUCCGAGUCUGUCUUUGAUGAUAAGCACUCCUGAAUCUUAUACAAUUGACUGAUUUAAUAUAAUACACCAUAAUGCAAGUUUGUACGCUUGUGGACAUCCGGAGUUAGAUUAAUAACCAUCGUCAGGUUUCUGAAAAAUCUGUAUUUUGUAUUAUGAAAACCAGAUACUUUCAGUUCCAAUUCCUUUCAGUGCGCAAGGCAGAUUUGAAUUUAUACAAAAUACUCCAUAAAAAGAAGACAUUCUUCAAAUGCAAUAUUUGAAAAGUAUUUUUCCGUUGUUAUUAUUGUUACAUAAUAUUUGUUAGUAGUAUGGAGGUAAAUCUGUGCAAGUAUUGAAAAUAAAUAUUAUCUGCUUUUUGUAUGCAUUAUGUUAUGAACUAUAGAUUUUACAACUUUGGUAUUCUUGUAAUUUCAACCGUUUUGAUAACGUAAGUAAUAAUAAUACAUCAACAAAUUGCGUAACAGUCUGUUUUUAUUUUCGUGCAUUAAUUUCCAGAUAUAUAUGAAAUAAGUAUAUUAAAUUAUUAUCACAAAACAAAAUAUUAAUCAGUAUCUUAAGAACGUAUAAGAACCGAAAAAUUUCUUAUCACUGAUGAAUUAGAUUAGAAUCAAUCGUCUAAUUCACGCAUACAUUUGCCUAGCGGUUACAUAAUUUGUCACAAUUUCGUCAUAGUUCAUACUAAUAUUACCUGCAUACA